UCACAGAAAGAUUCUUAUAAUUAGCAAGCUAUUAAUAUCGCGCGUCUGAAAAUAACUUAACGCGUAUGAAUAUGUGGAGUGGCAUCUACGUCAAGGCUUCCCCCAACUUUGAUAUAAAAGGUUCCUCCGCCGCUUGGAUUGACAUUCAACAGCUCUGCCAGUGAUUUCACAAUACGAAAACCCGAGAGAUAAAAAAAUAAUCUAAGUGUCUCCCCUAGUACAGUGACAACAGACAGUUGUUGCCGAUCUCUUCAGUGCCUGGGUAACGCAAACCGCCAAGAUAGAGCCGAUUACAUCAACCUACAUUUCUUCGUUUGAAGAUUUGAACACCAGUGGUCAGAAAUGCCCAAGCAUUGGUGAAUUGAUGGAUUCACUUCAGCUUUCCGAGUUGCAGACUUUCUUCAGCACAAACAAAGGUGAGCUGACUUCUAAAAAGUUGUUCGUGGAGUCAAUUGAUUGUGCACCCCUAGAUCUUCUCGAUCCCAUCCUGGAGCGAGUUUUAGACUUGAGUGAAUACAUUCCCACAAACAGUUCCCUGGACAGCCACAUUAUUUCUACUCACAUUUCCCCAGAUCCCACGGAUCUACAACAUCAGAGCCUACCUCAAGUGGUGCUGGACGCCACGGCCCUCGUGCACGAGGAGAAAUACCCUGGUGAAGGGUCAGUGCUGCCUCCUCCGGUGGUCAACUUUUUGGAGAGUGGUCAAAGCCCGGAGCAGUCGGACGUGACGAGCUACUACAGCGACGACAGCAACUCAGCAACGCAACAAAUGCCCGAGUUCAGCCAGUUGACCUCUCCUGGGGUGGAUGCUCCCAGCACCAGUGGUUUUCAAUGGCCAAACUUAGUGAAACGUGAAGAUUUCGGAGUCAGGACAGAUGACUUUGGAUUUACUCCAUGCCACAUCUCCGCUAAACAUCCUCACACUCACACAUCUGUGCCCUCAUCGAUAGGGGGAGAUGGAGCCUCACUGCCCUACGUGACCUCCCCCACCACCUCACUCCCAUCUCCAACAUCUACGAUAUACUCAGCUUCUAGUCCUGGCACCCCAGGGCCCUCCACCCCCAGUAGUCGAGGGCGACGCCCACAUGGCUCCGCAGCCCCCUACUCCACAAAGUCUCGCAGACGUCAGGUGGAGAAGGGAACUCAGGAGUACGUGGAUAAGAGGGCCAGAAACAAUGUUGCAGUUCGCAAAAGCCGUGCAAAGGCAAAGGAAAAGCAGCGUGAAACAGAGGGUCGUGUGAAGUCUCUUCUCGAUCAAAAUGACCAGUUGCAAAAGAAAGUAGACUUGCUCAGUAAGGAAUUGAAUGUUCUCAAAGGACUUUUCUUGAACGUUGGUGCUUCUAUACCUGAUGAAUUCCUCAAGCUGAUGGGUGAUUCCUGACCUAUGGAUGAAGAUAUUAAUUAGGACUUUGUACUCUGAACUAAAGACAUUACUCUGCCAACAUGACAUUCAACGGUUGGAAAGUAAACACAUUUGAAAUUCAUCGGAAGUAUCAUCCUGUGCCCUCACUGUCUCCUUGUUCAGGUGCCCAGUCGUUGGGCACUGUCUACUCUACAGUUUCAUCCACAGGCAGCAGAGAAAUCCAACUUGACUCAAACAUCAUUUUGUACAUUCUAUUUCAUAUGUUGAGAUUCUCAUGUUGUGAGCUUUACAAUCUGCUUUUUUGUAUCAUAAUAAGAAUAAUAUUAUAUAACGCUUCACCAUUUUCUACUCACUGUCUUUUUAUAUUUGGUAAAUGGAAUGGCGUAGCUGUAGCACACACAGAUCCUUGUCUUUGCAACAAUGGGUUUGGUGGAUAGUUAUAGUUGUGAUUGAAAAAUUUCAUCGUCAUAAUAUAUAUAUAAUCUAUAGAGACUAUUUUCAAUUAAAAUAAUCACUUGCUGACAAUGCCAGUUUUGCUUUGCCAUGUGCAUACACUUUCAAAAGAGGCCAACUGUUUACUUUUCUUUUUUGUUGUUUAGAAUAGAGACAUUUCCCAAGCAUGUUGUGAUAGUUGUUUUAGACAUAAACUUUUAAUUGUUUCAUGUUCUGUUAUCAUCUUCCAGUAACAUCAAUCUUUAUUUCAUUCAUCAUCACCUCCAAAUUUUGUACAGUUUGUAAAAAGAUCACUGCUUCUAUCUCCUCCCAUUGUCUGAUCUGAAUACAUUAUUGUAUUGUGUUGGAAAAACAUGUGAUUGCUAAAGAACAAGAUCUACUUCUCCGAAGUCUAUUUCUUUGUAAAAGCAACUGAUACUGGAUCAGUUAUUCAUUACAUUAGUACCAAAUGUGUUCAGAGUAUUGAUGUACUGACUUCAUUCCACAACAUCAUGUAUGGCACAGAUCAAGUUCAAAAACCUUCGCUUUGGCUUUGGCCAAUUCCCUUCUCUUUUAUUUUCAGCGAGUGAUCUUUUGAUUACGAAAUCUUUUCUCUGGUUCCUUGAUGGUAUUCACCCAAAAUGUUAUCGUCUCUAGCUUUUUAGAGAUUUAUGUUGUGCCAGUGAUUAAUUUGCUAAAGAAAAUCUUUCAGAACCAUGUUUAGAAUAGCUUACAUUUUUAGUUUUCUCAUCCAGAUGACAAUUAUUAUUUUAAAGACUGUCUGGACUGUCUCUUGCUUCUGUUCACCUGUCAACCUUCCCUCAAGCCUCAACUGAUCUUUAACAUUACACUUUUCAUACAGUCAGUACUUAAGUAUUCAUAAGUGUACAUCAUCUUUAAAAUGUUGUGUUAACUUUCAACUGUUAAUUCAUACAUUUUACACCACUUUGCCAUAUUUCUCUCUAUGUUUUCCUGUUUUUCUCUCUCAUGACUUCACAUUCUCAGUCAUUGUUUUGGUGUUGUGCAUUUUGUUCAUUUGUCACCAAAGCCCUCUCUUGGCCUGUGUGAGCGUGUGGUAUACGUCAAUUUUACUACUCUGUGGUAUGCCAUGUGCUGGCAAAGUUGUUAUUUUAAUACUGUACAAGUACAAUAC